AUGCUCAGCAGCCUCAUCAUCGCGCUCGCUACUCUCUCGGUAGCUCCGCCCGCGCUCUCCGCUUCAGUUGAACGGCCAGUAGCUAUCGCGGAGCGCGAGUUGCCCGCCCUGCAUCUCAUCGCUCGUGAGGAGAACGGCUCACCGUCCCCUGCCAACAGCUCAGUGAUAAUGGAUCUGGCAAAGGGCCGGCUUGGUGCACAGUUGGGUGGCACAAACAAGAAUUCCACGGGAGAGUUGGACGAAGCAGGAUGGCCCCGAAACUGCUCAGACCAGUGCGCGUCUUUCAAGGCAUUCUGGGAGGAGAAGUACAUCUGCGACGGCAGCCUGAAGCUCAGCGGCGACUUCAAAACGAAGUCGUGUUCCGGCAUUCAAAUGCUGAGGGUGAAAGACGGUUGCGAGAGCAUGGACAAAUCCGUGCCAUGCUAUUUCUGCGUUAUUCCCGAACCAGACGUCCAAAGUCAGCUGAAGGAUAACCUUGUCAAAAAGAUUGAAGGGAUCGACAUGUCCAAAGUCUCAGCCGCGACCACUGCGUCUAUGUCGGUCGCUGCCGCAAUGGCUGCUCUUGGUGUCUCUUUGUUUAUGAUGGCGUAA